UUCCCUUGCGGGAGCGCCGUGACGUCAGCGCGUAGCUUCUGAGCCGUUUCCGUGUCUCCCUGCUACCCUUAACUCUUCCUCCGCCGGAACUCGGAAGGGUGGGGGUUGAGUGAGGAUACGGACAUACUGGGUUGUGUGAACGAGGCGUCUGGGAACUGGGACUCCCAGGUCGUAGGGAGGAGGAUGCUGAAGGUCCAGACUCCUGCGGGAUGUGGCUUGGAUUCCUGGGUCUGAAGUGAGCCGGAAUGAGCGCAGCCACUGCCCCUCACAGACGGUGAAAAAGCUCCUGGAAGAACAGAGGCGCCGUCAACAGCAGCCAGACGCUGGUGGGGCACCGGGACAGUUCCUACCUCCACUGGCCCAGCCCCUGAUGCCAUCUGUGAACAAGGGUGAGGUUGGCCAUACCCACUUUCCGGCACAUCAGGAGGCUGUGGGUUCUGGACUUGGUGGCCUGGCCCCAGCUACAGGCUUUCCAGAUUGGAGCCCCAAUACACAUGCUGCCUACACAGACAGCCCCUACUCUUAUCCUGCUUCUGCUGCCGAAGGUUUCCUGACUUCUGACUUUUGCCCACCGUUGGACCCAGGGCAGCCAUAUCCAUUUCCCUUGGGAAUGGAGGAACCCCUGGAUUCCCAGCUUUAUGCAGAACCUUCCCUGCCACAGGUGGGAUCCUGGAAAGGUUCUGGACUCUCCUCAGGACCCCCACAGUUACCCCCUGUGGUUACCGGACCAUCCCUGGACACAGCCCGUGCUCAUAUGCUGGCCUUGGGGCCACAGCAGCUGCUGGCCCAGGAUGAGGAGGGAGACACGCUCCUGCACCUGUUGGCGGCUCGGGGGCUGCGCUGGGCAGCAUAUGCUGCAGCUGAGGUGCUCCAAAUGUACAGACGUCUGGACAUUCGUGAGCAUAAGGGCAAGACUCCUCUCCUGGUGGCUGCUGCUGCUAACCAACCUCUGAUUGUGGAGGAUCUACUGAAUCUGGGAGCAGAGCCCAAUGCUACUGACCAUCAGGGACGUUCUGUCUUGCAUGUGGCUGCUGCCUAUGGGCUUCCAGGAGUCCUCUCGGCUGUGAUUAACUCAGGGGUCCAGGUUGACCUAGAAGCCAGAGACUUUGAGGGCCUCACCCCACUCCACACAGCCAUCCUGGCCCUCAAUGUUGCUAUGCUCCCACCCGACCUGUGUCCCAGGGUGCUAAAUACUCAGGCCCGAGACAGGCUGUCUUGCGUCCAAACGUUGCUGCACAUGGGUGCCGAUCACACCAGUCAGGAGAUCAAGAGCAACAAGACAGUUCUGCAUUUGGCUGUGCAGGCCGCCAACCCCACCCUAGUUCAGCUGCUGCUGGAGCUGCCACAGGGAGACCUGCGAGCCUUUGUCAACAUGAAGGCCCAUGGGAACACAGCGCUCCACAUGGCAGCUGCCCUGCCCCCUGGCCCACCCCAGGAGGCCAUAGUACGGAGCCUGCUGGCAGCUGGGGCAGAUCCAACACUUCGAAACCUGGAGAAUGAGCAGCCUGUCCACCUUCUGCGGCCUGGGCCGGGCCCUGAGGGGCUCCGGCAGUUAUUGAAGAGGAGCCGCAUGGCACCCCCAGGCCUGUCCUCUUAGGACUCAAAUCCAGAACCUGGACUGAUUUUCCAGUCCCCACCGUCCUGUGGGACAGCCAGCGUAUGCUAAUGUUGCAAAUCCAUGAUAAUGUAUGUGGAAUGUCCUGCCAUUGGAGGUCUUACAUUAAAACCCCAAAGUGGCUGCUGGGGGCGGGGUGGUAAACAGUCCCCAACAUUUGGGGUGGUGUGCUAUCCCUACCCCACCCACAAGGAGCCCCCUUGAUGAUUUCUGUGAAAUCGAGGCCCCUUGAUUGUUUCUAUGAAACAUCCUGGACCCUAACCCUUUCCCCACUGGGAUCUUUUAGAAUCCCCCUUUCCUAACUUAGCUUUUCAUACCUGGAAUCUGAGAUGUAAUUCUCCUACAUGGUAUUUGAGGCAUCUCAAAACAGCUCCCGGUACCAUCCUAGCAGAGCUGUUAAGAUGAAUCCCCCCAACCUCUUCAGGUCCUUAACCCUGAGAUUUGGGAAGGACUCCUGGAUUAGAGUCCCCUAAGUCCCACUGCUUUCUAAUUCAAAAGUCAACCAGGCCCCAGUCCCAGACCUCUAUUUCCAGUGAAUCCCUCCCUGAAACUCCCUAUUAAACUCAAUUUGGACUAGAA